AUGCAGGGCAAUAGUAUUCGGGCGGCUACGCCUGAGCUAUGUGAGAAUGGCGGGGCUACGGACACGAGCAGCAUUGUACAGGCGACCCAGGAAUCUGGUAGCGCUUCGCCUAGAUCUAUACCCGGCGGAGAAAGGAGGAGACGGGGUGUUGUGUUUAACGAAGCAUAUGACGAUUCUUUGGAUAAUACCUCCUCUAGUCUGCCGUCGCAGAAUCAAAAGGCAGCUCUCAGACCACGCACGCAUACUAUGGAUGGAGCGGUAGCACUGCGACAAGAAACCACAUCUCCUUCCACAACCGAUAGCAGGCAUCGACCAGGAUCUUUCUCGUCAUCGGGCUCUCAAGCAGUUAUAGAUAUCGAAGUUCGUCCCCCGCCGACUGUGCUUGAGUCUGUUGGCUAUCCAUCAGUCGCGCCGACUAGGCCCCCGGAUUUAAAAAUCACCUCAUUAUCAAGCAAGGACAAAAAGCCUUCUAACCGGCGCCUAAUAAAACGCGGCUCUUCUCGUCCUACUUCUCCUCCAGUAUCACCGCCACCCUCCGUUGAUUCACUGUCACUCCCGAUCCCUACGAACGAUGCGAACAAAAUUCUCUUGCUCAUGAAAACUUUGGCCGGUCGCAUGAGAGGUGAAAUCGAGUAUCAGGCCGAGACAAACGGCCCCUGGUACGGUGGAACGGCUUGGGUUGAUGAAGAUAGAGGCAGCUUAUAUUUUGAUUCGGGCCAGAACGGACAGUUUCCUAUUCCCUUAGUUACUGACCUUCGAGGGUGCAGGGUUGUGCCCGUUGACGGUCUAGAUGACAAAGGAAAGAGCCUAGAAAUUUUAAACAAUAAGAUGGGUGUCGAGCUUUUCUUACGGCCUCUCCCACCUGCGGAAUUCGACUUGUGGCUCGCUAGUCUACUAUGUUGGCAGCAGCUUCGCCCCACUACAGUAAGAUUCGCCAACGGCAGAAGCGCUAGUUCACCCGGGUCCGUUCGACCGGAUAUGAAGAGGCGAGGAUCUGUAGCCGUAGGUGGCUCGUCCUCGAAAGAUGCGGCUAUCAUCAAGGUCGGUAAGGUGAUGCUGUGGGACAAAGGCACCGCAACGUCACCGCGUGCAAUCGUGAAACGACCAUCUACCCGAGAUCUCCGUUCGGGUUCGACGUCGUGGAGGAGAGUGUCUUGCAUCCUACAAGAUAAUGGCGAAUUCAAAUUGAUGACAGAGAAUGACGUGGCAGUACUUUCUAUCAUCGAGCUGCCACAGCUCUCCCGUUGUGCUAUACAGCAAUUGGAUAGGUCUGUCUUAGACGAAGAAUAUUGCAUAGCAAUCUUCCCGAUCUACUCAUCUACUUCCAAGCAGCUUUCGAUAUUCCGACCUGUAUAUCUCGCUCUAGAUUCUAGGGUUCUCUUUGAGGUCUGGUUUGUACUCUUACGAGCGUUUGCUGUGCCUGAUCUAUACGGUCUUGAAACGUCUACAGAUCAGGUGGUUGAAAUACGAGACUUCGAGAAAGAAUUUCAAGGACAGCUGUUUCGCCUGGAGAAAACCGUUCAAAUCAGAGUUACCGAGGCAAAAAUAAGAAAAGCUACUCCGGGUCCAGAGCAUUACGACCGCCAUUCCAAAGAACGAGAUCCUUUAACAGGGAAUUACCUUGCCGAAGUAAUAUUAGAUGGCGAAAUUCGAUCCCGCACGACAACGCAGACCGAUACGAAGAACCCAUUCUGGCGGGAGUUUGCCCAGUUUACCGAAUUACCUACGACAUUACCGUAUUUAUCUAUUAUUCUAAAACGACUUGAUGGAAAUUUGGAAAGUUUGAGUCAUCAGCUACAAGCGUCUUUAGGUAUUCCUAAGACUGGCAAUAUGACGGAAGUUAUAUGUGGAGCGGUGGAUAUACCCUUGGAAAAGUUGGAACGUGCAAAGGAUCAUGAGCAAUGGUUUCAAAUUUAUGAUGAGAAGCAGGAGUCUAUUGGGAGCAUGUUUGUCAAAGUUAAUCAUGAUGAACUGGUUGUUCUUGGAACGAAAGAUUAUGAGCCGUUAUCUGAACUUCUCCACAAGUUCAGCGUUGGGCUGACAAGCCAAAUCGCCCUAGCUAUACCGUCCUCCAUGCGUCGGCUCGCAGAACUGCUCUUGAAUAUUUACCAGGUAUCUGGAAGUACCAGUGAAUGGCUCAUGGCUCUCGUUGAAGAAGAGAUAGACGGAAUUGGAAGCCAGAACAAUAUGAAGAGGUUACGCUUCAGCCGACGACUCAAGUCAACCGAUUCUUCAAAUUCUGCGGGCGACAGGGACCUGCUUGUCCGCGAUAUGAAAACCUUAGCUGGAGAGGCCAAUCUCCUCUUUCGGGGCAACUCUCUGCUCACUCAAGCUUUAGAGUUCCAUAUGCGCCGGCUAGGAAAGGAAUUCUUGGAGGAUAUCCUGGCGGACAAGAUUUUUGAGAUCAAUGAGCUAAAUCCGGAUUGCGAGGUAGACCCGAGCAGAAUCCAUCAUAACGAUGAGAUGCAACAACACUGGGGUUUGUUGGUACAACUGACGACCGAGGUGUGGGGGUGUAUCGCUGAUUCCGCAACAAAACUGCCGUUUGAGCUCCGGCAAAUCCUCAAGUAUGUCCGAGCUGUCGCGGAAGAUCGGUACGGCGACUUUCUUCGCACUGUUACCUACACAAGUGUAUCAGGAUUCUUGUUUCUUCGGUUUAUUUGUCCAGCAAUCCUAAAUCCCAAGCUCUUCGGGCUCUUACGAGACAAUCCACGAAGUCGGGCCCAACGAACACUAACGCUUAUAGCGAAAGGACUUCAAGCUCUGGCGAACUUGUCCACGUUCGGCAAGAAAGAAAGCUGGAUGGAGCCUAUGAACAGAUUCUUAGGUAUUCAUAGGCAACCUUUCAAAGAUUAUAUUGACCAAACGUGUUCGAUACCAACUGAGCGUAGUAUCUUCACCGUCCCUGCCUCGUAUUCUACUCCUGUCACAAUCCUCGGUCGCCUAUCUCCGACAUCUCGAGAGGGCUUCCCUUCUCUACCGUACCUCAUCGACCAUCCUAGGAAUUUUGCAGCUUUGGUCAAACUCUGGCUCGAGUCUAGUCACAAAUCUACAUUUACAGAUCCUGCGGAUUUCGAUGCCGAACUAGCAGAAUUCCACAUAAUAUGUUUGGACCUUCAAAGACGUUCUGAUGAGUGCCUCGCUAGAGUCGAAGCACUUCGCGCGUCUGAGAACGAAUCGGUAGAUACGGAUGAACUAACCGAGACUUUAGAAAAGACGACUCUUUUAGAGGCAGUCAACGUAGCAUACGGAAAUUCAACACCAUGGUACGACAAUGACUCGUACCACCCCCCAGGUUCGUCUGGAAGCGAGCCGGAUGGUAGUGACCGUUCGGGCUUCCGGAGCUUUGGAAGAGAAAGCAGAGUCCUUCGUCACGUGUCUGAUAAUAUAGAGAUGUCGACUUCAAACACCAUACGGGCGAAGCAUGGGAAAAAUCCUCGCAGCUUUCUACACAGCUUAAUAAGCGGUAAGAGGGAUAAAGAAAAGAGGAAGGAGAGGGAAAGGGAAAAGGAGCUGGCCGGUUCAUCGACAGCACAGGAGAAGAGUAGAGAUAAGGAGGAGAGAAGUAGUAAGGGUAUCCUCAGCACCUUCUCAGAAUCUUGGCAGAGCGACGUGAGCUCAAGGCACUAG